AGUCCGUAACCAACUGGAGCUCCUCCUCGUCGUCGUCAUCGUCCUCCUCUCCGGCUCGAUCUCCCACCGCGGCGGCGACUCCAGAUCGGCGGCGAAGCCCAGGAUCUCCGGCGAGGGCAGGAGAAUGUCGAGAUAAAGGUGGAGUAGUCGAGUAUCGCGUAAAAGAAAGAGAAAUCUCUCCCCGUCUCGUUGUCUCCUCCGCUCCUCGCGCCGCCGCCAAGACGAGUCGCGGGGGAGGGGCGGCGAUCGAGCAGAGCAGGGGAGGGGAGGGGAUCCUGGGAGGAGUGACCGGAGGGAAUGCAAGACCCAAGAGGUAUGCCACGAGAUGAAUUCGCAACCCCGAAGACGCACAAGAGAAAGGUCGUUUCCCGCCCCUUGCCUCCCAGCCAAAUAAAAGCUGAACCUGAGCUGCUGCGGAGGGAGGUUCCACUCACAUCCGGCAAGACCAAGAAAGCCCCUAAGAUAACCUUCAAGAAUGAACCUCGCCAUUCGGCUCCGCAAUCUGAUUGGGGAACCCCCGAUUCGGUGCCAGAGUUCGGUCCAGCUGAUGAAUACAGAGCGUUACGGAAGAAGUACCUGCUGCUGGAGGAUGAGAACGGUGAGCUGGACAAGCAAUUGAGCCAGGCUGAAGAGGAAGCCAGCGUUCUCGAGGAUGAAAAGUUUGCGCUGCUGGAUCAGCUUGUUGUGUUGGAAGGCCUUGUGGAUCCUUCACAGAUGCAGCCACCGAGAAGGCUGUGAGAUUCUAUGCGUGUUCGUUGCCUGUUCAUAGUCCAAUUAAGUUACCUGUUACUGCUUCCUGCUAGAUAUGUAACCAAUUGUAAUGGAAGAGCAAAGACAUAUUAUAUCGUUUAUUAUGGAAGUUUGAACAUUUAGAGCACUUGUUUGGAGUUCUUUUUGUGCAAUAUGAAAGAGUGCUAUCAGUUUAACUGAAAUUUAAUCGUGGCAAAA